AUGUUAACGAGACAAAUAUUUACAACAUUAAUAAAGAGGAAGUCGUUUUUAAAUAGAAAAUUUCCACCUCUCUGUUGUAAUUGUGAAUAUCUACAAUAUAGACAAAUUCGAAAAGUUACUGGUCGUGAGAGGGAACACAGUUCUGAAAAUAUUUCAAGUAAAAAUAGAAUACUAUUUUCUGGAGCAUUACCAAAGGACUUUACAAGAUUAACCAAAAAUCUAUCACCAGAGGACUUAUUAGAAAAAUUAAUUGCUAACCUCUCUUCAGAUAUCUAUCAAAGGCAUAGAGUAUACAAAAAUGAUUUGAUAAGAGUGAUAAAUAAAAUUAAGGAAGUUAAAUUCUCUACUAAAAAACAAGAGCUGCUCCUCAUAAGUUGCUGUUCGGAACUCUUGCCUGAUGAGACCCCAGCCGCAAGAAUGAUAUUGGUUGAGGAAAUAUGGAAUACUGUUAAAUGCCAUACAAAAUUCGAUAUAGACCAUUAUAAUGAACUGCUGAGAGUAUAUGUUGCAAACAUGAGGACAGUGAUACCUAAUAACUUCAUAGACCAGAUGUCUCCUGUUAAACCGAAUAACACUACUUAUGAACUGAUGUUAAAGGCUUUAAGUGAGGCGGGUGAUAUUAAUAGAGCUACAGAAGUGAUUUCAAACAUGAAAGCUUUAGAAAUACCAGCCAGUGAGAAUGUUUUCAACUCACUUAUUGUUUGCUAUGGUAAAGCUGGAAAAUUAAGUGGCAUCCAAGAAGUAACAACUAUGAUGAGAUCUUUAAAAAUAAACAAAUCUGUUGACACUUACACCGCAAUAGCAAGAGCUUAUGCUUGGAAUAAAAAGCACAAUAUGCUUCUUGAUGAGAUGAAGAAAGCUGAAAAUAAUGAGAUUCAGUUUGAAGAAACCCACAUCAUGGAAAUUGUAAAAAGUUUAGCUGAUGUUGUAAAUUAUGAGCCAGUGCCAAAGGUAUUACAGUAUUUGCCAGAAGCUAUACUAAAAUCACCAUCAAUUUCACCAUAUAUGCAAAGUGUGGCAACUUUACUUGUUUUUCAAAACCAUCCAUUGGUUGCUCUUGAGAUCUACAAAUGUUUGCCAUUGCCUUCUUUUGGGCCUAAAGAUGACCAAGGACUACAUGGAAGAAGUUUAGUCAGGGAUUGUGUGAAAGCGUCAUUGCCCUCAAGUGUAAUAGCCCUUGUAACGCAAGAGCUGAUGUCGUCUGGGAGAAACCCUAUAGCACUGCAAAAUGCAUCGGAAUGUGCUUUGCAAUUAGGAAAAGUACCCUUAGCCUUGGAAAUGUUCACUAGAAUGAAGCUUCUCGGAAUGCCAUUAAGACCACAUUACUUCUGGCCUAUAUUGUUGCAUAGUUCAAAAACAUAUGGAGAAAAGGGUAUCAUGAACACGCUAUCAACAAUGGUGACUAUGGAUGUGAAACCAGAUUAUGACACAAUCUUCCUCUACGUACUUCCUUUCGUCAGCUUCACGUCUCCUCAGAAUCUGAUGAAGAAAUUCCUAGAAACGGGUCUCAAUGCAAGUUCGGUAUUGACUCCAAUGAUGGAGACUUUGCUGAAUACGGGUCAAGUACGAGCUGCAAGCGAAAUAUGUGAACUAUUCCAAGGCAAAGUGGAUUGUGAGCGUUUAAUAAAAGCAUUAUAUAAAGGAUAUCAAAUGAGUGGAGAUUUGAAAUCUACCAUACACAUACUAGAGGAUAUGACGACGAAGGCUGUAGAUACCAGUAAGGAUUGGAUCGGAAGGUGUCUUUGUCAUUUUAUGAAAGGCAAACAUGUCACGGACAAUGUCAAUGAUGUUUUGAAUAUCGUUAAGGCUUUAAGUUCAACUUCCAUGAAGAUUUCUACGGCAGCGUGUGAUAUCUGCAUAUCUAAUAUACCAGAAGACCAUAAAAAUAAAGAUAAUCUAAAAGAUGCUCUUUUAAAUAUUAUGGACGAGAGAUUAAAAGACGAAGGAGAGUUCUUUGUGCAAAAUAUGCCUCAUCCAAAACAUAUGAACGAAGGUUCUCUUCGCGCUCAUUUAAGCGAGUUAGAAGCUAAGGGGAUGAACACACGCGGCGUACUCCGUAAGCUAUUGCAACAAUAUUGCAGGGAAGGGAAUCUUCCAGCUGCCAGGGAGAUCGCAGACAGGUGUCAGAAAGAAGGGGUGUUUCUAUCAGCCGGUAUGAAAGCUGCAAUGUUCGACCUUCACGUGAAGUUAGGUGAGCUUGACUUAGCUGAGCUCACGUUAGCUGAUCUAAACCGGUCUGCCCCUAACUUCAUGUUAGACGAAUUCAAAGUUAUCGACUUCGCAACUUUGAUGGUUUAUAGAAAGAAGAUCGGCCAAGCCUUUGUGUUGAUACAAGAGCAGUCUAAGAAACGGAGAGUAUCAGGCGGUCAGAGUAUAUCAAAGAAUUGCUGGCGGCUUUUGGACGCGAUCUCAGCUCAGGGCUCACACGUGGAUACGAGGAAAAUGUUUGAACUUCUCUAUUCUUUGAACUAUUGCAAGCCGACUAACUCACUACUAGGACCGUUAGUAAGAGCGCAUUUGAAAACUGAGAACUUCCAAGAAGCGGUCAACGAGUUCGUUCGACUUGCAAAGAAAUAUAACAAGACGCCCCUAAAACACGAGCUACUGUGCAGCAUACUGAGGAUGAUGGGAGAGGGGAAGUCCGAGGAUUUCUUCCUGGUCACCGAGAAGGUCAAUGGCAGAUAUAAUAAAAUGGUGAACACCAUACUUAAUGUUUGCAAGACUGUUCAUGGAACGAGUGAUGUGCGGCUUUCCCUAAUAGCCGCUUUAGCCGACGUCGGAUACAAGAAAACCUUGAGGCAGCUUUUCUUAGACCCCAAAUUCAGUUUUCACCCCGAGGCCUUGUUAAGAUACUGUGAACGAUUCGCCAACGAGAAACGAUUGGACGCGCUUGAAGCGAUCGCAGAAUGUACGAAAGAUCUGAGGCACUUGGAUGUUAUGGAGAUAUACCAUUUGAUGCUGGAUGUUUAUCAACGCGAGGAUGACUAUAAAAAUGCUCUUGCUCUAUGGAGCCGAAUGCAGGACGCUGAGAUUACUCCCUCCCAGAGAUUUGUACGCAACUUAUGUUCCAUAUGCAAAGCGAAUAAUAAGCCGAUACCCUCCGAACUAUCGGUUCUCUUGGAUAAAGUGAAAAGUGCAAAUAUUUAA